AUACUGCAAACUACAAAACGUUUGUCAAAGACUACACAGUGAAAUGGUGGCUACAAUUCUCUUUGUCCUAGGCUGCAUUAGCAGCGCUUCGUUGGUUAAUGCUGGCGCUGCAAAAGCCAACAAAGGCUCUCAAGUCAUGACACAAGCCAACAAAGGCUCUCAAGUCAUGACACAAGCCAACAACGACUCUCAAGUUAUGACUGCCGGCUUCGACUGCGACGAUAAUAUCCAGGGCGGCAGUUGUGUUGCAUCUUGUUGGUACAAUGACUGGCAAACGCGUGAUAACCGUUGCGGCGGUGAUCGCGACAAAUUUAGCUUCAACAACGGAUUCGGACAAUGCUACUGCUGUCGCACACAUCACUUUACGCCCGUUGCAAUGGGACAGACGGAUCAGCCAGAGUCGAAUACCAAUGCAUCGUCCAUUCGUGUUCUCGACGCCUACAACUGCGACUCCUAUCUGACAGUUUCUGAACAAGGCUCUGCAUGUUGGUUCAAUGACUGGCAGCACCGCGACUCCCGAUGCCCCAAUCAAAACGAUAAGUGGAGCUUUGGGACUGUUUACGGGAAGUGCUAUUGCUGCCGACAUCCCUCUAAAUAGUCCAUUUCCCAUGUACAGCUCAUGCGAAUGCUCUUGCAUACGCAAUUUCAUGUACAAUUCACCGCAAACUUUGGGGAGUGGGUUGAAGACGCGUAUCUUGUGCAGAAAAUAAUUAAAUUUUAGCAAUUUAAA